CAGUGCUGUCUUGCGCAUGUAGUCACCAUGUCUUGAGCACAUGUUCCUGAAGAAGUGUCAUGAUUCUCGGUGGGGCCACUCUUGCAGCAGAGCCGAGCCACUGCCCAAGUCAGAUGGACGUGGAGGCUUUCCUUGUGCGCCGACCGAUUUGGUGACCUCUCUGUCUGAGCCUUAGGCUGCGAAGUACAGUAUGCCAAUGUAAGCAGGGUGAGGGUGUCGACCCGUGGGAAAUUCCGUUCUUCGCGGACUACGCGGACUGGGUGGUCGUUCCGGUCGUGUGCUUUACGUCAAUGAUUGGGGCCGGCGGAUGUCCAACUACGUGUGGAAAAUCUUCGCGUGGUUGAUGGGUUGGGCCAUUGGCAACUACGUUUAUUUCAGGUGGAUGCACCUGCGCUUCCACAGGAUAAACUUCUACAGCUCAUCCAGGCUGAACGACACCUACAUGUAUUUCUGGGGGAUGGCCCUGAGUGUCGUGGCCGUGCAGAUACCGCUCUGGGGCUUCCGGUCCAAGAUGAUCUUCCAGUUUCUCGAGGACGGGCCCAUACCUCGAUUGAUGUAGACGAAGGGAUGCUGAACAGAACUUCCAUGAAGAUGGCCGUGCUGCUAUCCACAUAUGUCCUGGCUGUGUUGGUGUGGCUGUUCUUCUAUCACUUCAUGGUGCGCCCGCGGUCGAAGACCAGAGGGUGCAGCAUCCCUGAGCAGGACUCUGAGGGGUGCUGCGGCGGACCGCGCGAGACGGCCGAUCUGACAGCGCAAGAGAAGAACGUCAAGGGCCAGACCGUGCAGGAGAUAAAGAUGCACUCUGUGUAUUCCUGGUUGAAUACAAACCCGGCGUACGUGUUGAAGUGCAAGUAUUUUUUCACAGAUGCCGAUGGCAAGGACAUUUGAGACACGGAGCACAGGAAGCUCCACCCUCUGGCUUCUGGGGAGGACGAGGAAGCGGUGCGCUUCUUCGAGGUCGGCAAGGAGUAUUUGUUCUUGCGGCCUGAGCGGCUCCACUUGCUCCAUGCUACCAUAACGGACUGACUUCUUGGAGCCGGAGUACUGGGUCGACAGGAUGGCGUGGCGAUUCGGGCAGUGCGCGGACCUCUUUCGGAGCAGGGUCAGGAAGGAGGUCCAAGAUGUCACGGACAAGGUCAAUUUGCAAGUUCAGGGUCUUCAUAGUCAAGUGCAUGUGGGGAUGGAUGCGAUCAGCCACGCGGCGACUGUACCGAGGUCGACUUUUGGCUACAAGCCCCUGGACGCAGGCGGGACGGCUCGACGGCUCUCGUCCCCAGGACCAUGAAUAUGCAGCAACAGGCGGAGGCCUUGCGCGUUGUUUGAAGGCUGCUCGGAGGUUCCAGGACCCCGUGGGCAGAUGAGUUUUGCCAUGGCUGUUUUUGUGAACGGCGGACAGAGAUGAUGAGGGAUGAGGAGGGGAAAAGAGGAAUGAAUUGCCACGAAAACAACAGCGAGCGUGGUCUCAAAUUGGCACUGCAUAGAAAGCGCAUUCGGAGUGUUCGACCGUAGCUUUGCGGCAAUCGCAGGUCUGACCUAUGACCGCUUAAGUUUAUAAAUCAAAUAUCGGUGCCUGUGCAGAUAGGAGUAAAAACUCUGUGCAUGGGUCGGCGGAUUUCCAAGCGGUGUCAUGUGACAUGUGUCUCUUCUGGCAGUAUGUGCUUGCGCAGAUGUUCCUUAUGCGGUGUGUUGUAAUGCGCGGGCGCCACAGACCAUGACGCACACUAAUAUUGUUGAGCUCUUCUCAAGACAUCUGAUGUCUGGGUAUUUAUCGGGUACUGAAUGUAUUUGCAUUGUUCUGUACCAUGAAUCCCCCACUGGAUACGCAUUCGCCCUGAGUGCUGGCGGGUGUUGGGGCCACUGUGACUAUACGAAUUUGCCAUUUUCUGUAGGACCCAGGCACUGUCACUGCGCGGGAUGCGCAAAGUCGCAUAGCCCCCCAAAAGUUGUCGGGCUCUCAAGGCACGUCUGCACGUGUACAUGCCAUGGGCCUGCGCGGUCAACACGGUGCCAAUCGCGGAAUCCUACUUAGCGAUGCGGCGUGCCAGCGUUGAGAAAAGA